CCGGCCCGGCCUUCAUGAGAGCCCGCUGGCCGCGCGGCUGCGGCUCGGACCGGGACGGAGCGGAGGAGCCGCGGCAGAGAUGGCAGCCAACCUGAGCGCGGCGGCGGCGGCGCCCGAGGCGGCCGCGACGGGACACAACCUGCCGGCCCUGGUGUUCGGCGUGCUGCUGAUCGUGGUGAUCAUCUGCGGGAACCUGCUGGUGUGUCUGAGCGUGUUCACGGAGAAGGCGCUGAAGACCACCACCAACUACUUCAUCGUCAGUCUGGCGGUGGCGGAUCUGAUGCUCGCGGUGCUCGUGCUGCCACUUUUCGUCUAUUCCGAGUUCCAGGAUGGCGUGUGGACCCUCAGCACCACCGUCUGUGACGGUCUGAUGACCAUGGAUGUGAUGCUGUGCACCGCGUCCAUCUUUAACCUCUGUGCCAUCAGCGUCGACAGGUUCAUCGCCGUGUUAAUCCCGCUCAACUACAACAGGAAGCACGUGGACCUGCGGCAGACGGUGCUGCUGUCGGCCACCUGGGUCUUGGCUCUGGCCGUGGCCUCGCCCGUCAUGUUCGGCAUCAACAACGUGCCGGGCCGAGACCCCCGGGAGUGUAAAUUGGAGAACGACGACUAUGUCCUGUACUCGUCCGUGUGCUCCUUCUUCAUCCCCUGCCCCAUCAUGCUGCUGCUGUACUGCGGCAUGUUCCGCGGCCUGAGGCGCUGGGAGGAGGCGCGCAAAGCCAAGCUGAGGAACAGCAUCCAGGCCUGCCGCAAGCUGCAGGAGGCCGCCGUGUCGCUGCCGCCGCUGGCCUCGCUGCCGCCGCCACUGCCGCCCAUCAUAGAGCGGGAACAGACGGACACUGUGGAUGAGCCGUCCACCUUCCCGUCUCCGGACCCGCCCUUUCACUCGUCAGAGUGCAAAGACGGCCCCGUGAGGACGAUCAGUUUCGCAGAGAUCAAGUUCAACCCCGAGCCUCGCAGGAAGAAGACGGCCAAGAUCAACAGCCGGGAGAGGAAGGCCAUGAAGGUGCUUCCUGUCGUUGUGGGCGCCUUCCUCUUCUGCUGGACUCCAUUCUUUGUCCUCCACACGAUGCGAGCUCGCUGUCGGGACUGCCGCGUCCCACCGGCCCUGAUGAGCGUGGUGACGUGGCUCGGCUACGUCAACAGCGCCCUCAACCCCGUCAUCUACACCGUCUUCAACACCGAGUUCAGGAACUUCUUCAAGAAGUUUCUGCACCGCUGCUGCUCCAAGAGCGAUGGAUGAGGACGCCGCUGCCGCCGCGUGACAGCCGCUGGCAGAGACGCUGCCGACUGACGCUGUAGUGUCUGUAGUCUGUAUGUCGCCAUCGUUUCCUUCCUCUGUGAGGUUUUAUUUUUCUACGUGUGCCGACAGCAACGUUUGUUUGAGCUUCAAGUUUCCUGCGAGGAAGCUUCAGUCUGAGGAUCAGAAACACACCUCCAUCAACC